CAGAGUUGUCAAAAACUUCAUGAUUCAAGGAGGCGACUUCACAGAAGGAACUGGAAGAGGAGGGGAAUCAAUAUAUGGUGGCUACUUUGAAGAGUGGUCUUUUGCAAAAUGAGAAGGUAAGAAAUGUGCACAGUUCAGUAACACCAUGCCAACAUAGUCAUCACAACAAGGUCUGACCCAAAAGUUUACAUGCCCUGACACACUUUCCAUUCAGUCAGAUAUCCCUUUUGUCCUCAAUGUUUGCCUGCAACCUGCAUUUCUAGUGUUUUUAGAUCUGAUGUGACGAAUAUAAUUCAAUUAUUGACUUGAUGACAUGAAAUAUACAAUGGAGACUGUGGAAAGUAGGACCUACUUCACUUUUGAGAUUUUAGUUGUUCUAGAAUAAUAAAUAAUUACAGAGCAUUUUUACAAUGUAAUACAAUCAUUUCUCAGUUUGAAGCAUGUUUCUCCAAAUUAUUCCCAAGGUUUUCAAUUAAGUUUCUAUCAUACCAUCUUUGAUAAUUACACGGUUCCAACUCUCCAGUUCUCUAAUAAUGAAAGAUCAUCGAUGGUUAGUGGUUAUAUGAGGAAAAUAUAGUCUUACACUCAAAUAAGAAAAAAGUAAGUUACCAUAAAGACAAACUGUCUCAGAGGAAAACACUACAAGUUCAAGAAAAAAAGUUUUUAUAGUAGAGGCUAUGAUGUACAGGUUUGGACUGUAUAUGCAGAGAUUAUUCAGAACAAUGAUGGAGAUGUGCUUCAUUAAUCCAGAUGUAUGUUUAUUGGGUUUUUUUAAGAUUCAACCAUUUUUAAAUACACUUUUUGUCUUGCUUUGUCCUGAUUUUAAAUUCAAACUCAAGAAGUGUGAAAGAAAACCCAAAUUACUGUCAUUUUUGGACAAAUCUUUGACCUUACACCACUUGAGUCGAGCUCAGAAUCUUCUUUUACAAAUUUAAUGUUUUUAUUGUUGACGUUAUCACUGCAUGACUGAGCAGCACCUGAACAGCUAGCUCUGUUUGUUCAUGGGUUAUAUAUAAACUCAGCUAUGACAAAGCUAAUUAUUAAAAAAAUAAAAUAAAAGUUCUUCAUUUUAAAUAAAAAAAAACUUAACAUGAAUAUUUUAUUUUACAUUUCUGGGAAUACUAAAUUGCAUUUCCAGGCUUACAAACAUUACUGACAUUGAUUGAUUUAUAUAAAGUUAAGAGAUUACAAGUCUUCUAAAGGAAUUUGUUUUUUAUCUUUUAGAGUGUAAGUAGGAUAAUUUUACUCUAUAGAAUGUAUAUUUUAUUUUCUAACCUAAACAUUUAGACUUUUAGCAAGUAUCAGGUUUAUUAACGACAUCAACAGAAACUGACAAACUUCCUGUAAAUAUCUUUAAACUCACCAAACCACCAGUUUGAAACUUUAGAAAAUUAUUUAAACAUUUGGGUCCAUAGAAACCGAGGAGAAACAAGGGUUAUGUUUUAUGGUUAAUUAUUACUUCUUUUUUUUUUAUCUCCAAAAGUAUUUCUAUUAACACUAACUGGGGAACACCCUCUGAAACUCUGAUUCCCCUCUGUCUGUUCCCAGAUGAGAAUUUCAUUCUCAAACACGACAAAGCCUUCCUGCUGUCCAUGGCCAAUCGUGGGAAGAACACCAACGGCUCCCAGUUUUUUAUGUGAGUAAGACUCAAUUCAUAUAAAGCACAACUUUCAUUCCAACUGAAGCUCUGUCUUAGUCUUUACUUCCUGACCCUUGCCCUGUUACGACCCUGCAGAGUAGUAUUUGCCACCUAAAAUUCCCUCUCUCUGUAUGUGUGUUAGAUUUCAAAGUGUAGAGCAACAUUGGAUUCGUUCUUUUUUUACCUACAAAUGUGUUACAUUUUUUCUCUUGCCGUUUUUGUGUAAAAUUUACAGAAACUCUAGCAUCCUGCUCUUCCAAGGUAAUGUGUCUCAAAGGCUGUGUUUCUCUCUCUCCUGACUUUUCUUUUUCAUGUUGUAGUUUUGUAUUUUCAAACAUGUAUCACAAUGCACUGUUUAUUUUUGAAAUGCUUAAGAUUCACUAAUACGUUCAGGCAGAUCACGUUAUUUGGACUGAAUCACAAAAAGGCAUAAUCGCUAUCAGUGUGAACUUUUCUUUCACAAGUAGCUACUUGUGAGACAUUAAAGAGGAUUUGUCUUUUUUUCCUCCAUUGAUUUGAUCAAAUUAAAACAUGAUUUUACAGCUUCCUACAUUUUUAGUUGAUAAUUGAACAUUUAAAGUGCAAGAUAAACCAAGAGUGGUUCUGUAUGCUACAUAUUUUUUUUGAGACUUUUUUUGUUUUUAUUCAGUUGCAGCCUCAUGUUGUGUGAGUGAUUUGUUUUCUCAGUUAUCAAUGUUUUCAUUUUUUUUCAUGAACCCUUCACUGUCACUGAUUGACUCAACUGGAUUAACCACAAACAGCACCACUAAAAUGGCUCCUCACCUGGAUGGCGUCCAUGUUGUCUUCGGCCUCGUCAUCUCUGGGUUUGAAGUGAUAAAGAAGAUCGAGGGACUGAAGACUGAUUCGGCUAGCAGACCAUACGCUGACGUGAGAGUGGUCGACUGUGGACAGCUGAUCACAAAGUCUGCAAAUGAUGUGCUUGAGGGCAAGCGGAAAAGGACUUCAUCCAUCAACUCCAAUGACUCCAAUUUUUCAUCGUCUGAAAGUGAAUCAGAAGAAAAGCUCAAACAUCGAAAGCGACUGGCAAAAAGUAAACCAUCUAAAAAGAAAAGGAAAGAAGGAAAAAAGGCCAAGAAAGCUGAAAAUGUACCUUCUAAUCAAAGGUCUGCAGAAAAAGAGACGGCAGAAGGUGAGAGUAAACCUGAGGAGGAGAAGGAAACGGGUGGGAAGAGGGAGAAGCCUGUUGUUCGGCCUGAGGAAAUCCCACCUGUGCCAGAGAAUCGCUUCCUGCUGCGACGGGACAUGCCAGCGCAGGAGGACAAAACAGAACCUCUUGAGAAAGAAGAAGCUGGUCCUUUAGCUGAACAAAAACCAGCUGUGACAAAGUCUGGACGGAAGAUCAGAGGCAGAGGAACAAUUAGAUAUCACACCCCAACCAGAUCUAAAUCACGCUCUACAUCUGUUGAAGAGCGUGGGGGCAGUGAAACUCCACCACACUGGAAAGUGGAAACAAAGAGAGCCAAAGUUUUUCCUCCCCAGAGCCCGGAAAGGUGGAGCAAAGGAGACAAACUUAAAGAGCGUUCUUCAAGCAAGUGGGAUAAUAGAAGCAAAUCUCCUCAGUCCCACUCUGGAGAACUUUCCUCAGACCAAAGCUCUGAGAGGUCAAGCCAGCACCGGCUUCCCAAAAAAAAGAAAAAAGCCAAACACAAGAAGAAAGCCAAAAAGCGCAAACAUGGCAAGAAGAAAUGCUCCAAGAACAAAUCUCGAGAACACUACGAGUCGGAGGGUGAAAAAUCAGCAACGUCUGCUAGGAGGUCCAGAUCCCGAUCGGCGACCCGGUCUCCCUCAAGUGAACAUCGUUCUUCUGGCAGGAGAAGGCAGAGAUCCUCCCUGUCUUUUUCCAAAUCUUACUCCAGGUCUUACACAUCCAGUCGAUCCAGAUCACGAGGAAAAUCCAGGUCUUAUUCGCAGUCCAGAAGCUUCUCUAGAUCACGAAGUCGAUCUUUAUCUGGAUCCAGGUCUCGGUCUUAUUCUCAGUCCCGGUCAAGAUCACGGUCAAGGUACAGAUCAAGAUCCCGGUCAUCUUCUCAGUCCAGGUCAAGAUCAGGGUCUAGGUACACGUCCAGAUCCCGAUCUUUGUCCUCUAGAAAAAGGAGUUUUUCCAGAUCUCCAAGGAAGAGGAAGACAACCAAACUCAAAAUGGAUGCCAUGAUGCCUGUGACUGGGAAGGCCCAAGAUAAAAAGAUUACACCUGUUCCCAUACUGCCAGCUCUCCCAGUAGCUGAAACGGUUCCUGUGAUCCCACUGAGUGACAGUCCUCCUCCUUCUCGCUGGAAACCAGACCAGAAGCCCUGGAAGCCCUCCUACAUUCAUAUUCAAGAAAUCAAAGCUAAAGUUAUGCACAGUAAGCCCCCUACCGCUGGUCCGGCAGGGGACGGCUUCUCCAAAAAAACUCGCACACCAAAGUCCAUACCAGAAGAUGUUGAAGAAAAGUCGGCUCACAAAACAUCCCACGGUGGGUCCUCCAGAAGCAAGUCCAUCAGUCGCUCCAGGAGCCGAAGUUCUAGCAGGUCUAGGUCAAGAUCGGCUGAGCCGUACCGGAGCAAGUCGUCAUCCUGCGACAGAUCAGACUCUGAAAAGGACCAAAAAGGAGGAAGCAGCCAGAAGAAUUCAUUAGACAAAGAAUGGAAGGAGUACUACAGUUCUCUCAACAGAAUAAAAAAUUUAGAUAAGUUUAUUUUGGCCAACAAGAGUCAAGACGGACUCUCGGGUUCAGGAAAAGAAGUGAGCAGUGAGCGUAGCCCAGAUUUGAGUGCCUCUUUGGAGAACAAAAGAGAGAGGGGAAACUCAGAAGAGCCAGAAGCAAAACGUUACUCUUCACUGGCAGACGAAAGCUUCAAAAGCCGCUCUGAGUGGGAUAGUGACAGCGACAAAGCUACCCAAAGCAACGCGGCAACUGAGGCGCAAGUGGUCCAGUCCAGCACUAUGCUGGCGACCGGAUGGGAUUCAGACAGAGAUUCUGAGAAUCCAGCAGACCAAAAAACGUUUGGUUCUGAAAAAGAGGAAGGAGAAGCGAGUUCUGAAUCAGACUAUGAGGCCUUGAAGAAGACGUCAAAAGCAGUGACCGAGCUAGGUUAUAAAGUUGCUGCUGCGGUAGCGGCCGCUUCCUCCUCUUGUCCCUCAGAUGAUGGUGCUCAUAAAGUUGUACAACCGGAGCGCAAGAAGAGCAAGAAAAAAGCCAAACGGAAGCAUAAACACAAGAGGAAAGGAGAGAGUAAGAGCAGUUCUCAUCAUGGGAAGGACAAAGCUAAAAAGUCCAAGAGAAAACACCAGAAGCUGAAAGAGACUUUCCAUUGGCAGCCGCCGUUAGAGUUUGACGAGGAGGAAGAGGAUGACGAGUCUAAAAGGGAGAGACGUAGUCCUGGUAGAGAAGUUGAAGAAAACAUGGGUGAAGACUUCAACAAAAAUAACCAAGAUUCAACUGAUUUGAAUAAGAAGCUUGUGAAAGAAGAAAAGAUUCAACUGAGAUCCAAAGAAAACAUUGAAUGCACAAAUCACUCUGACCGAGCAUCUAACCAGAACAGCGUCAAAGACCAAGAUUCUUUAGAUGAUAUGGAAAUCUGCACCCCGGAGCACAAUGUUGACAUCAUUGAACAUCCUGUUACGCCUGAUUUGUCCAACACUGCCACUAAAUUAACCCUAAAUUCUACCUCAAAAUCAUCAGAAGUGGCGAGCACUGAUGGUGCGUUGCCUCAGAGCAAAGACCAGCCAGAUGUCACUUCCUCAUCAACAACUGCUGGACCACAGGAAGAAGCACCUCCUGGCAGAGCCGUCAUAAACUUCAAGUGGAAGCCGUUAAAACGAAUGGCGGUCACGCCGGAGGUGAACGUCCAGGCCGUCACGGUGAAAAGCAAACAAAACAACGAGAACAUCCAGCCUCUGGGUACGCAGGGAGUGAAAAUGGAGAUCAAGAGUAAAAACCGAGUCCGACCGGGUUCGCUGUUCGAUGAGGUUCGUAAAACUGUACGGCUCAACCAGAGGCCGCGAAACCAGGAGAGUUCAAGUGAGGAAAGAUCCCCGUCUGUGGGGAAGGACAGAGGUGCAUCGCGCUCGCCAAAGAAGUCCAGCUCUGCUUCCAGCCACCGUUCCCGUUCCGGAGGUUGGUCCCGCUCCUACAGCAGAUCCAGAAGUAGAUCCCGUAGCUACAGCUACUCCUCCAGGAGCCGCAGCCGGAGUCGGAGAACCCGCAGACGAAGAUCUCGCUCUCGCAGCAGCACAUAUCGAAGUUACAGCAGGCAUAGUCGGUCGUACAGUAGAAGUCCCUCCAGAAGCCACUCACAUCAUCACCGUCGGAGGUCCAGGUCCGACUCCUACGACAGCUAUUCCAGUAGAAGUCGGAGCGUGAGCAGGAGACGAGGGCGCAGGCGAAGUGAGAGCUACAGGAACUCUGAGCGCCGCACACGGUCGUCCCGCUCUUCAAGUCGCAGUUCUUCCAGGCACAGGAGUCACAGCCGCAGCAGUCGCUACAGCUGAGAAGGGGACACACCGACGGCCUGCUCUCAUGGAGGGUUCUUCAUGUUUUUAUACUGUGCUAAGUUUCAUUAUGUGAGAUGAAGGGAUGAUCAUUAUGGUAAUGAAUGUGAGUAUAUCUAGACAGCAGUCAGUAGAGCAUCUAGUCACUCUGCUGAAACUUUACAUGCUUGCUAUGAGAGAGGAGUCGAAAAUAAUUAACAGUCGUAUAUUUAUGUGUUCUUUAACAUUUUCUUCUCAUAAGCUAAAUGGUGCAAUUGUUAAUCUCUUUAGAAAAAACCUUUUAAUGUGUUUGAGCAGGAAAGGGGUUACUUUUUUGAGAUGAGGUAAAAUCUGUCUGUCUUAAAGUCCUUGUUAUAAUUAGUUGUCUCUGAAUGAACAGAUGAAUGUAGAAGCUGUACCUAAAGUAUAUUAUCUCUGACAUUUGUUUUUAAUGACUUUUAUUAAAUAUCACCACCCUUUGAA